AGGGAGAAGCAGGGACUCACUCAGAGGGAAAGUUUGUUACUAUGAAACUUAGGAAUAUUUACAAAAUAUAUACAAAAUUAUCAAAAUCCCUCGUGCAUCAAUAACUUGCCCCAAGGGUGCCAGGUUUUAGGCUUAGUUUUCCCGGAAUGGGCUUCUAUACUCACUAUUCUUACACUUUUUUGAAAGAAUGUGUGAGACAGACAGUUAGCCAGCCAGCUAGCUAGCUAGCUAGCUGAGAGGUGAGACAGGCGGCAGGAGAACAAAAGAUUUUUUUUGCGUUUUGGCCGGUUGUACUGACACCAAGUCCAUGCAGAACGCGUCAUUACCAUCACAAUGCCCGUUUUACUUUUUCUGAUAGACACGUCCGCUUCAAUGAACCAGCGCACCCAUCUGGGCACUACCUAUCUGGACAUAGCAAAAGGCGCUGUUGAGACUUUUAUGAAGCUCAGAGGGAGAGAUCCGGCGAGCCGAGGGGACCGGUAUAUGUUGGUAAAUUUUGAGGACGCUCCGUUCGGGAUAAAGGCCGGAUGGAAAGAGAGCCAUGCCACUUUCAUGACAGAGCUGAGGAACCUCCAAGCAACCGGACUCACAACAUUUGGCCAGUCCUUGAGGACAGCUUUUGAUUUACUAAAUCUCAAUAGAUUAGUCACUGGGAUAGACAACUAUGGCCAGGUACGUAGCCUCUGGAGAYGAAGAGAGGAAACAAAAGUUCAUGUGCAAAAAGCCCACUCACCAGCUCAUCCCCCCCUCCAGUCCACAGCCUCACCCCAAUACGGCGCGGUCCGCAGUGAAAUGUGUUUCACGUCGCUGAUCAUGAAGGGAAGCGCCGACUCCAGAACCRACGCUUUCAAGUUUGGCUGCCGUUCCUACAGUGUUUUUUCCCAGCGCAUGUUGAAUCAGUGUUUGGAGUCUCUUGUGCAGAAGAUCCAAAGCGGCGUGGUGAUAAACUUCGAAAAGACCGGACCUGACCCCCCUCCACUGGAAGACGCUCCAGCCGAGGCGCUGAAGUCCAGCCUGCAGCCUUGGCACUGCUGUCACAAGCUCAUCUACGUACGACCCAACCCUAAAACCGGCGUCCCCAUCGGUCACUGGCCCAUCCCUGAGGCCUUCUGGCCAGACCAGAACUCUCCAACACUACCGCCCCGCUCGGCCCACCCCCAGGUCCGGUUCUCCUGUGCGGACGCCGAGCCCAUGGUGAUCGACAAGGUGCCCUUCGACAAGUACGAGCUGGAGCCUUCGCCGCUCACGCAGUACAUUCUGGAGAGGAAAUCCCCUCACACCUGCUGGCAGGUGUUUGUAAGUAACAGUGCCAAGUACAGUGACCUGGGUCAACCUUUUGGCUACCUAAAGGCUAGCACAGCUCUCAACUGCGUCAACCUGUUUGUAAUGCCCUACAACUACCCCGUCCUCCUGCCACUUCUGGACGACUUGAUUAAAGUGCACAAGUUCAAGCCCACUCUCAAAUGGCGGCAGUCCUUUGAGAACUACCUGAAGACCAUGCCUCCUUAUUAUAUCGGGUCCCUCAGAAAGGCGCUGAGGAUAAUGGGCGCGCCGAACCUCCUGGCCGAGAACAUGGAGUACGGUCUGAGCUACAGCGUCGUGUCCUACCUGAAGAAGCUCAGUCAGCAGACAAAAAUCGAGUACGACCGCCUGAUCACCUCGAUCGGGAAGAAACCUGCUCCGGAGACUGGCAUCAAGGUGCGAUGGCGGGGCGGCGGCAUCUCGCUGGCACAGAGACGGGAUUUCAUCCAGCAGCUGCAGAGUCUCACAGGAGAGGCUCCCACUCUGCCUCUGGAGCUCAACCCYAAAGAGUUUCAGGGCUUCCACCUGGCUCUGCUCAACAAAGGUCUGAAGCCUCAAAGCUUUAGAAAUCCCUACGACAUCCCACGCAGCCACUUGCUCGAUCAGCUCAGCCGAAUGAGGAGGAACCUGCUCAACACCACCGUCUGCACCUUACGAGGGCAGGACUCCGACCAGCUCCACAGCGUGCCAAUCGCCCAGAUGGGAAACUACCAAGACUUCCUUAAAUCUGCCCCCCAGCCACUCCGAGACGCAGAUCCCGAACAGCCGAAGCGUUUGCACACGUUCGGAAACCCCUUCAAACUGGACAAGAAGGGCAUGAUGAUCGACGAGGCGGACGAGUUCGUGACCGGCCCGCAGAACAAGGGCAAGCGACCGGCAGAGAGCAGCAACAUGCCGGGCGGCGGUCCCAAGAGACGGCGCUGCAUGUCGCCCCUGCUGCGUCUGGGCCGGGCCUACACGCCUCCGGUGACACCGCCCGCCAGCCCACGACACUCGACAGAUAUGGACUUAAACGAUGGCGCGCCAGAACCUGAGCUGAUAAUCAACCACCUGAAUCAGAACCACUACAGCCCCGACACGAACUCCGACCCCGAGGUGGACCACCCGUCAGGGCCCACCGACCUCCAGGAGAACCACACCGCCGCCGAACCGCAGCUUCUCCGGCACAAGGACGAGGAGGAGAACGGGAUGCCCGGGUCGUGCGAGCCGCCGGGCGGCGAGGGAGGGGUGGAGAUGGUGCUGAUGGAGGACCAGACGACCCGCUUCCUGUCGCCCGCCGCCCUGAAGAAGCACAUUCACGGCGAGACGACGAAAGUCAACAACGAGCUGCGGGUGCUGAUCACCAAGGAGAUCAGAAAACCUGGCAGACACUACGAGAAGAUCUUCCUCCUCUUGAAGCAGAUCCAGGGAACGCUGGACACUCGGCUCAUUUUCCUCCAAAACAUCAUCAAAGAGGCCGCCAGGUUUAAGAAGAGAGUUCUCAUCGAGCAGCUGGAAAACUUCCUCGAGGAAAUCCACAACCGAUCCAAUACCAUGAACCACGUGGACAUGCUCUGAGACCAACUCAAACUGCACAGUCUAAUAAUAAUAACAAUAAUAAUAAUAAUAAACCCCAUAACUCUCCGCAUCCCCGUGGAAACAACCACUCCCCUCCUCCUCAACCAAGACCCAAAGACGAGACGCAGCGGAGUCCGGGAUCUGGAAUACCGAGAGAUCCCCAGUUUGACAUUUAAUCUACAGGGCCGGGUAGUGAUCGCAUCUCAUGACCCGGGUGGAGUUGAAGACUUUUUUUUUUUUUUUGUCACAGAGGAUCUGAUGAUGAUGACGAUGAGUGUGAUGUUCAGAUGGGGGUUUUUUUCCUGUGAAGAUGUGGCGGACGGAGUUCAGUCUGAGCGUUGCGUGUUUCCAGAUAUCUCAGGGUCGAAAGGGAUCCAGUGAAGAUGUUUUUUGUUUUUUUCCCUUCCACAUUAAUUUCUUUUCCAUUAUCCUCCCCCACCGCAACGUAGUAGGUAUUACUCUCUUACAUUUCUGAUUGCGAGGGGAGUGAUGAGAGGAAACCCGAUUUGUUCCAAUCGAAUUUCUACACUCCACCGACCAGAGGCACUCCGCUCCUCGGCUCUCGAACAGACAGAAUCUGAUUUCAAGGUCACCGUAGUCGAUUAUCGACGUAAUGAUUUAGGUGUCGGACGAAGUCGGCGGUUUUCAAGGAUCCUUUAAACCUAGAAAGGUUUGUUCUGCGAAGCAGAGUUACAGCAAACUAAAUGCAAAGGUAGGUCAUGAAAAUGGGGACAAAAAGCUCAGGAACCGUCAUUAAUGCAUCAGCGUCAGCAAUAACAUCGAGUCCCCCUCCCCCACCUAUUUAUUUAAGCCCCGAAAGGGCUGAUAUGCAAUGUGAGCUGUCUGCUGGAAGCGAUGAUGAAGUGGGGUCUUGGUUGCUGCCAAAUUACUGAACUAACCCCCAUCAACUACCCCCCUCACCCCCCGUCUGCCACGGAUCUCAAACCAACUUCUUGUUGCUUCACCGCAAUUGCACUUGUGUAAAUUUGAGAAUUAUUAUUUAAUGUAAUUUAAAAGAGGAAAAAAAUGUUGUUAUUGUUGUUGCAAUUUCUGAGAAGGAAUGGGAAUCCAUAUUCGGCGUUCUCAAAUGUACACAAACUGACCCUCGUUUUGGGUCCAGAGGUCAAAAGUUGAUUUCCGAAUCCAGUGGCUCCCCUCUUCCUCCGCAAACCCUCCCCGGAUAGGGACCAAAAUCUGCCAUACUUGUCUUUUAUGUGUGAAGAGGCCGCUACCAAAAGAGUAUUUUGAAUACACUGUAAAGAUGUAAAUAACCCUAGAGUACUAUUUAAAAGAAAAAAGAAAUGUUCAGUGGAAAAAAUGGCCUUUUUGUAAGUAUUUCCAUAAAUAAAGUUUCUAUUUUACACUGUGAAGGGCCAUGUAAAUAAAGUGUUCCAUAAAUGUG